GCAUGCGCGUUCCCAUCGCUGAGGAAACGCCUGACCAGGGAGAGACGAAGGGAGCUAGGCCGUGGUCGAAGCCGGGGACUCGCGUAGAUGUCUUCGCCGGAGGAGGCGCGGGUCGCGCCAUUCCCGGAAGGGGAUCUGCCCCCGGAAUGGGAGACGGAUGAAGAGCGCAUGGCUUUUCUGUUCUCGGCUUUCAAGCAGAGCCGGGAGGUCAACGCCACGGAAUGGGACAGCAAGAUGGGCUUCUGGAGCGAGCUGGUGCUGAAGUGGGGGCGUCGCCGGGGAGGAGUCCGCACUUGCCUGCGUGAGCUCCAGCAGGCCUUCGAGCGGCGGGGGAGCGUCCCCCUGGGCCUGGGCACCGUCAUGCGAGAGCUGCUGAGACGUGGCAAGUUGCAGAGGGAGUCUGACUUCAUGGCCAGUGUAGACAGCAGCUGGAUCUCCUGGGGCGUGGGAGUCUUCAUUCUGAAGCCACUGAAGUGGACCCUGUCUAGUGUGUUAGGUGACAGCAAAGUGCCGGAGGAGGAGGAAAUUCUGAUUUAUGUGGAGUUACUUCAGGAGAAGGCCGAAGAAGUGUAUAAUCUCUACCAGAAUUCCGCACUUUCUUCACACCCCGUUGUCGGCCUAUCAGAGCUGCGCUCCCUGUGCACCAGCAUCUGUCCGGAUGAAAGGACAUUCUGUCUGGUGCUGCUCCAGCUGCAGAAGGAAAAGAGGGUCACAGUCCUGGAACAGAACGGAAAUAAGAUAAUGAAAUUUGCUCGUGGUCUUCAUGCCAAAGUAUCCCCGAUGAAUGAUGUGGACAUUGGGGUUUAUCAGCUGAUGCAAAGUGAACAGUUGCUGUCGCAGAAAGUGGAAUCCCUGGCUCAAGAAGCAGAGAGAUGUAAAGAGGAAGCUCGGAGUGCAUGUAGAGCUGGGAAAAAGCAGCUGGCACUUAGGUGUUUGAAAUCCAAGCGAAGAACAGAAAGACGCAUUGCAGGACUUCACUCCAAGCUGGACGUGGUACAAGGCAUUCUGGAUCGGAUAUACGCCUCUCAGACAGAUCAGAUGGUAUUUAAUGCCUACCAGGCUGGAGUGGGAGCUCUGAAGCUAUCCAUGAAAGAUGUCACUGUCGAAAAGGCAGAGAACCUGGUGGAUCAGAUUCAAGAGCUUUGUGACACCCAGGAUGAAGUAGCCCAAACUUUAGCAGGAGUGGGGAUCAAUGGCUCAGAAGCAGAUACUGAGGAACUGGAAAAGGAACUCGACAAUCUCCUCCUGGACUCCUCAAAAGAUCUUCUGGACCUGCCUUCCAUUCCGCAGAAGCCAUUAUUUCCUGCGUCUGUGGUGCUUCCUAGCAUCUCAGAUGCAGAGCUAGAAGCCGAGCUGGAGAAGCUCACUCUUUCAGAUGGAGGAUUGGCGCAUAAGACUGACUCGAAAGCCUCUGAGCCCAAAAGGGCUCUCGAAUUGCAUCUCUAAUGACUCAGUGCCACCUUCCUGUGAUGAAGAUGUCUUAACUUUGGCGACCAUAACUCCAAAAGUAACUUGUGGAAUGUGGGCUAAGGACCCCUCUUGCUAGACAGCACUUUUGUAAGAGACAGGACAUACCGCCACGACAAUCCAUUCUCUUUCAAGCAGAUCCCAACUGCUGUUGUCUUUUCAGUGCCAAACUACAGUGUCUCUGGUUGACUUGUUCAUCUGUGUUGCCAAUCCUGGUUGCCCUUCUCUGGCAAGUUGAUUCUCCUGUUGAUAUUUUAACUUGCCACCCCACACCCUGAGGGGCCCCUCCUGCCACUUUACAGAACUGAACUUAGUUGUUGCAGCCUUUGAGGAGAACCAGAAAUGCAAUAGGAUCACAAUUCCCCCGGCAUCCAGCUGUUGUCUGGGAUUGUGCAAAACGUUUGACGCACAUGAUAAGAGAUACUGACUGGUAGCCAGCUGUUGGCAGCAGGCAUACGCAUAUGUUGAUGGUCUUUCCAUUCUUCCUUAUUUGUGUUUGCACGGUUGUGGACAACUUAGACGUGUGAGAGUUUUAUUGUUAGGAGACUUUUUGUUGCUGUUCGCACAAGGCGCUGGCGUGUGCCGGCACAAAAUACAGUUUAUCCCCUUUUCCUCAACACUAGUUUAGCCUUAAAGGGACCUGCAAAGGAUUUUAAAACAAAGGUGUUUAGGUUUUCAUUGCUGCUCAAAGAUGAUCAAGUCUUUUGAGAUUUAAAAAGUGCUUGCUAGUCUACUUGCAGGAAGUGCAAGCAAUUUUGCUUGCUGCAGCGGUGGAAUGCUUCCUUUAAUACUCCCAGGGAUUUAGGGUGAGCUUUUGAGCCAGAAAUGUAUAGCUGGUGUGGCUCUGCAUCCUCAGAGAGACGCUUCAGUCACAUGUGUUGGAAGAUGUUUAAAAAUGGCAAAAGCGCUGGAUUGAUAUCUCUGGCGUCUUUCUUGGAGCACCGCUGUUUCCUGUCAAUGCAGGAAAUAUGUCCAUGUAAACACGUUGGGAAAACUAGUGGAUAAAAAGCCAGGCAACAUAUUGAGUUGGCUUUUAUCUGUCUGGAAAAAGUGCAAUUCUUCUUCCCCUUUGCAGGUCACCUUUUACGAAGCUGUGUGUGUGCAUAUGCUAGGGCAGGCUCGCGUUCUUUCUCGGGGGCACUUGCUUUCUGCGCAGCCUGAGUAACAGCUGAGUAACUGAGUAACUGCUGGCGCUGGGCUCGCGUGUUGGUGCGCCACAUGGCAGGGCAGAGGGCGGUAGCUGGAUAUAGCGCGAAGCUGUGAGAAGUCAUGGCUGUCUGUAAACUUGCAGCCAGUUCCGAGGCCUCAGGGGCUUUUCGGCAUGAUGGGUUUAUGAUACCAGCUAUUCCGUUGAGUGAGAUUUGAAUCAAGCAUCAUUGUGGGGAAAUGUUUUUUAUCAAGGGAGAAACCUGCCUAAAUUGGGGAGAGGGAAAACAGUUCAGCUUGCAUCUUCAGUGUGAUAUGUCGGAAUAGAUACUUCACUGGCUCCCCACAAGACACUUCCAGGGCGUUCAUUCUCUCUCUCCCCCACCGUACCUCUCUUUCAGCUCAGCACAUCACGUAGCCGUGUGGUUAAAGCCGACGACGGAAUUGUGUAAAAUAAUUUUAAUGGCAUUGUGCUUCAUUUGUUCAGAAACAGAUGAGUGAGGGAGGAAAAGUAAUCACUGUUUUUUUUUUUACCGAUGAUGUAAUAAAGGGGAGAAAACACUU